GCGUGUGUGUGUGCGCGCGCGUUUCGGUCACUGCCUUUUCAUUUUGCAUUAGCCAUCCCAAAACUGCGCCGAACACAAGAAUGUGACGUGCGAAGCUGCUUGCAGUCACAGAUGCUCAUAUACAUUCAGAGCUUAAAGCCACCUUACUGUCUGCAAGACGUGGCUAACAGAGGAGAUGUCAGUAUGUGAGCACAAGAACAACGAGAGCAGAAGGAAAAGAAGCCAGCUUUCCGUCUUAGAUUGAAAAUUGAAUGAGAAGCAUAAAAACUUCAUUUAGGUGACAUCAGCUCUUCCGUUUAUUAAAAAAGCAGAGCGCACCUUGUCGAUAUUAUUAGUUUCAGAGAAAGCGGAACUCGUAAAUACGGUCAAAAUGUGACUUUUACAAAUUAGAUAUUUUGUAACGUGUUCAUGUAUCGUGCAUUCACCACAGCGUGUUAUUUUCAGUUUUAACAAUUAGCAUUCAAUUCCAUUCAACUUAUUUUUGUUUUUUCUAAAUCCAACUAUGUCUCUAGAAGAAACUAUUAUAUUCAAACCCGAAGUGGCGAACUUAAUAUUUUCAAACUUGUCUGGACAUGAGAAUUCUUUAAAUCAUUCCUCUUGGAUGACAGACGAACUGUGGCCAUACCCAGCGGUCAUUAUUACCUCAGUCUACGGACUCAUCAUUUUAAUUGGACUAAUCGGCAAUAUCACUCUCAUCAAGAUAUUUUGUACCGUGAAGUCCAUGAGGAAUGUCCCGAAUCUGUUCAUUUCAAGCUUGGCUUUGGGAGACCUGCUUCUAUUAGUCACUUGCGCACCAGUGGAUGCUAGCAGGUACCUGGCGGACGACUGGCUUUUCGGACGGUUAGGGUGCAAACUCAUUCCUUUCAUCCAGCUCACCUCCGUAGGGGUGUCGGUGUUCACUCUCACCGCGCUCUCUGCAGACAGGUACAAAGCUAUUGUCAGACCAAUGGACAUCCAGACUUCCCAUGCCACAGCAAAAAUAUGUAUCAGAGCUGUGAUGAUAUGGAUUUUCUCCAUGACUCUUGCUGUACCAGAGGCGAUAUUUUCUGAUCUUCAUACAUUCCAUGUGAUGGACACUAAUAAAUCAUUUGUCAGCUGCGCACCAUACCCUCACUCAGGCGACUUGCACCCAAAGAUUCAUUCAAUGGUGUCAUUUCUUGUUUUUUAUGUAAUUCCUCUCUUCAUAAUAUCAAUUUAUUACUAUUAUAUUGCAAAGAAUCUGAUCAGGAGUGCAUAUAAUAUACCAGUGGAGGGCAACAUUCAUGUUCGAAGGCAGAUUGAAUCCAGAAAGAGGCUGGCAAAAACAGUACUGGUAUUUGUAGGGUUGUUUGCAUUUUGCUGGCUGCCAAAUCAUGUCAUCUACUUAUAUCGUUCUUAUCACUAUUCAGAGGUGGACACAUCUUUAUUGCAUUACAUUUUCAGCAUCUGUGCCAGGAUCCUUGCUUUUUCCAAUUCGUGUGUUAACCCGUUUGCCCUUUAUCUUCUAAGCAAGAGCUUUCAAAAACACUUUAAUAACCAGCUGUGCUGCUGCAGAGCCAGACUGCUUAUGAGGACCCAAAGCACGGGAAGAAGUACAACAAGAAUUACCUCUCUAAAAAGUACCAACCACUCUGUUGCAGAGCACAAGACAUUUGCUGGAAGAAAUUCUUUUAAAGCAUACUGUAUGACUGAUUUAACUUAAACCUGAAAAGAACCCAAAAUACUUGUAUUACUCAACGGGCAGAGCUUAUUUUGUUAAUUAAUGUAUACAUUUAAGUAUACAUAUACAAGAAUGUCUGUUUGGUUAUUACAGAAGACAUAUACUAAUACAAGAAAUGUGGACACAGUUGUGUUGUUACAAAUUUUAAGCUGUACAGUACUAUAUGCUUUGACCUUAAGUUAAAUAAGGCAUUAAAGAGAAUUAUCAGUAUAAUAAAAGAUUCUUUUAAACUGUUAUAGCCUCUUGCAAAGCAAUAACGUCAUUCUGUCAAUGGAACACAGUACUGUAUAUUUGGAUUUCUAUUGCUUGUCUUGUAAAACAAAGCAUUUACGUAAUUAAUCAGAAAUUCAAAAAUCCAAAACAGAUAAACACAUGGGAGCUGUUAAAAAGGCAGAAAGACAUUUUUUACAAUUUCACCAGAAACAUGAACAAAUAAAACGCAAGUGCCAAGUUUCUGGAAACGCAUUGAUUUAAAUGUUUAUUUUCUGGACAAAUGGCUGUGCUUGAAUCCAUUAAAAUCGGCUGUUGUACUGUGAUAUAUUUCCUGUGCUGAAGUUCAUCUGUGAAAUGAUGUGUAUGUUUAGUGCCAGAGGUAUUAAGUAUAUUUUCUUAUACUGAACAUUACAAUUGCACAAUUGAUUUUUUUUCCGAAUAUCAUUUUAAGUAAUAUUUAUUUAAUAAAUGUGAAUUUCUGUUCAGAUGUGGUUUAGAACAGUGAGUUUUACGUUGACAAUAAUCUGAUCUUUUGAUCGAAAUAUUGAAUUGCAGUAAAUUAUAUUGAAUAUGCUUAAUGUGAUCUUAUUGCUAGGUACUUGUAAAUGAAAACAUGUAAUUAUUUGUGAAAAUUAAUAAAAUUAAUUAUAUUUAUCAGUGAAAAAUGUUUAAUCAUAUUUUACUUUCAAAAAUAAAUGCAAUGCUUAAGAAUGGCAAUCAGUUUUAAUAAAAUUGUUUGGUACUUUUGUAUAUGGUUAAAAAUAAAGCAGUAUCUGUAUAUAUACAUAUAUUUAGUUAUUGCAUCAUGAUAUAACAUCUGCUAAAUGAACAAUAUAAAUUUGUUGAAUGUUAAAUAAAAUAUUAUAUAAUUUUGGUAUUUAAAUAACUAUGAAGUCCAGGUAUUUGCAAUGUCACAAGAUAAAUUAUAUUUCAAUGUUGAAUGUAAUGACACUCUAAUAAAUUAAA